CCUGAGGUUAUGAAUAUACACCGUCUGAUUGGACGAAUCUUCUCACAUAUGAUUUCUGUGUCCAAUUAGCGGUCAGUCUGGUGAGUCGUCUGCUCUCUGAGAUCUCGCGAUGAUGUACGCGACCUUGAGCGUCAGUUCCAUGAUGGCUGAAGAUCCUGGAGGAGCUUUCUUUAAUUUCACCUUCAUUUUUAUCGGAUUUUCGUUACCUCUGCUGGAAAGAUGGCAGGGCACACAGCCUCGAUAAACGGCCAUAGACCCCCGCUGUCGUCAUGCCCAAGAAAGGGAACCGAAAACGGCUGAAAUUUAAGGCCGAGGAUGUUUGCUCGGAGUCAGUAACUGUGGCUGACUAUGCCAACGCCGAUCCCGCCAUCGUGAAGUCGGGGAGAGUUAAAAAGGCGGUUGCUAACGCAAUUGAAAAAGAAGUGAAAUUACUCUGUGGGCUUGAGGCAUCCCAGGGUCCCGUGCAGGAAGUGCUCUCCUCUGCAGUUGGUGUGAGUAAUGCAGCCCGUGAGAGCAGUGAUGAACUUGACUCAGAGGAAGGGGAUGAAAUCAAAGGGUCCCGCAAAAAGAAAAACAAAAGACGCAAAGAAAACAGCGAGAGCAUAGAUGGAGAGGAGUAUCCUGUUGAUAUUUGGCUUCUGCUUGCUGCAUACAUUCGGCCAGAAGACGUCUGCAGAUUCUCUUUGAUCUGCAAGAAUGCUUGGACUGCGACGUGCACGGCUGCAUUUUGGACACGACUCUACAAAAGGCAUUAUAAUCUUGAUGCAGACCUCCCUGAUCGCCUUCAACCUGAUUCUAUUGCGAAGAUGCGUUGUCUUCGUGCUCGUGUGAUUCGCUCGCUUUUUCACUUAUAUGAGCCCUUUAGUUUGCGGGUGUCCAAAAGCCCUCCUCUGCCUGAAUCUACGCCUACCACACUCCUCAAUUCCAAGUGUUUGUUGUUUUGGGUCAACAAAGUAUCUGGAAGUAGGUCAGAGCCAAUGUGGGAAUUCAACUUCAAGUUUGUGAAACUGCCAACCAAGGGUAAAAACGGAUGUGGUUUGAAUCUUCAGCUGCCCAAGCAGUAUAAAGAUGUUCACACUAAUCCAGACUCGGACUGUUAUCUGCUGCGGGUCACUACCCUCAAUUUCAUUUUCACUUCUGUUGUUAUGGGCAUGACAUUAACUUUGUUCACCAUUAAUGUGAGCACAGACAUGAGGCACCAUCGAGUGCGCCUGGAGUUCCAGGAUUCGCCAGUCAUUCGAGGGAAGAAGCUUCGGGGUGAACAGGGGGUGCAGGUAGUGCUGGACCCUGUACACAGUGUGCGCCUCAUGGACUGGUGGCACCCUCAGUACCCAACAUCCUCAUACAAUUAGAAUGAUGAACUCCAAUCUUCUCAAUUGCAGAAACAUUGCAGAAGACAAUUCAGGCCCGUUUCGACCAACCCUGUGUUUUGGCUUGGCAAUCUUGUUUUGUUUUUUUUUUUCUGUUGAAUUUUACACUUUGCACUUAGUGUGCUGCUUUUAUGGACUCUUUAGUUUUGAUCUGUCCAAACUCAAGGUCUCAAGACAAUGUAUGUGGCGAUUGAAUUUGAUAGUCUGGGUGGCUGCCAUAUUUAAUUCGAUACAAAUUAAAACAAAUUGGUUACAAGAUAAAGGUACACAAGAUGGGAGGCUCAAUAUGUCAUGUUGCUAUGUUCCCUUAGAAAUCCAUUUAUUUUAUUUUUUUCUCCACUUGAAUGAUCAAAUUCCAAGUGCACAACAUUACGACCCUCAGAACAGACUCUGUAUGCCGCCUUCAGUCUUUAUGGCAAAAAUCUUUUCAAAUUAAAUAUGGCAUCUACUCCAGUACACGGUAUGCUUUUCUAGCCCCUUGAGUGGUUUAUAACUAUUGCAUAGCAGGGUUUGCAUGACUCUAAUCUUGAAUCAUAUGUGAUUUAAUAGUCAGUUGUCGCUGGUUUUUGUUUUUUUCUUUAAUAGCAUUCCCAAGAUUCACCUUAACUCUGUAGAUUUCUUAUUCUGUCUCUGCAAAUUUCUAAAUCCGUAAACAGGAUGACCAUUCAAUCUAAAAAUAAGAAGUCUCUGAAUUAAAUAAAAGGCUGGUCAGCUCUGAAGAGGUGUAGUGUAACUCAUUUUGAAUACCCUUUAGCUUGGUGUUAGAUUUAGGGAGAAAAGGCUAAGAUUUUACGUAAUCUGUGCUAUCUGUGGGGCCUUUCUGAGUUCAGUUUUGCUACUGUGCAUGCUUGCCUAGUUAAAUUGCGUCUGAUUGACUGCAUUGGUGAGGGAGUUUCUACAUGUUGUAGAUAUUAAAGUGUCUUUAGUUAAGAGAA